AUGAAGUGGUUUGGUCGACAGCGUGUUUCGCCUGUCACCACGGUGAUGCCCUCACCGUCGGAAGCUAGGUAUCCUCCCCCAUCUUAUAUGGCUCCCACCAGGGGUAAAAUGGCGGCUCGAAACGAAGGUACGGCGGCGGCCAAGCAUCUGAACACCGGGUUUCUGAAUGACUGCGGUGUGUCGAUAGCCCCAUUACCAGUGCCUGAGAGAGAAGUUGAAACUGUAUCUCUCGACUCCAGUCCCCCGUCUACUCCAAGGAGAGAUAGCGCAACGCUAGUCGACUUUGACGAAAUUUCUACAAAAAUCGCCAGCAAGGAAAACACGCCGAGAUCGCGUGUUACCAAGGAGGGAUCCGUGGAAUUCCAGCCAAGACCGUCAACACCAACGGGAGAACCCCUUCCACGACCACCACUUGCUUUGUUGCCGCACAAUCGGACCUGGCACUCUGUAGUCGCUGCAUGGAAAAUCAUGGACUUCUCUCAACGCCACGGACUAGAUUUGGCAUAUGCAAUUCAUAUUUGUGAAGAUGCUGGACACGUUCUUCCGCUAUCCAAGUUUCAAACCCGCCAUGAUGCUACCUCGCCGAACGUACGCUUCAGGUGGCAGUUCCUGGCGGCGUAUGGCCUCCAUAAUAUGUCUUCACCAUUACAGCUCCCUUUUCAUGUGGAUAUUCUGCAAAAUGGGCAUGGCGAAUAUCCGGACAACGCCGGUCCGGGCGAGUUGGCGAACGGCCAGAUUUGCACAUACUACAGGAGUUCAGCUCGGCCCUGUCAUGGAAGUCGUCCAUCUUUCAAUCCUGAUCAACACAACCGAGACGUGAACCGGGGCAUAAUCUUUGCGGCAUAUCGCAGGGCAGGAAAUGGCACUAAGAUUUGUGAAAAGACUAUGGAGGCAUUUAUCGAGGAUCUGAUUGAUCUCUAUUUAUCGAAUGGCUUGCAAUCUCUGCUCCUCGAUGCGCGAUGGGAAGGCGCUGAACGUCUCGGAACAACUGUGGAUUUAGGGGCAGCAGCAAUUCGUGGGGCUGCUUGA